GUCCGGCCCUGCACCCCAAAACUGGGGUCAGGAACGGGGGGGGCCCGAACCCCCAAUUGGGGACACCCAGGGUGGGGUCCGGCCCUGCACCCCAAAACUGGGGACACCCGGGGGGGCCCGAACCCCCAAAUUGGGGUCAGGAACGGGGGGGGGCCCGAACCCUCAAAUUGGGGUCACCCGGGGGGCCCGAACCCCCAAAUCCGGGACAGGAACGGGGGGGCCCGAACCACCAAAUCGGGGACACCCGGGGGGGGGUUCAGCCCUGCACCCCAAAACUGGGAUCAGGAACGGGGCUGGGGGGCUGCACCCCCAUAUUGGGGUCAGGAAAAUGGGGAUCCAGCCCUGAACCCCCAAAUUGGGGUCAGGAACGGGGGUUCAGCCCCGCACCCCCAAACUGGGGCCACGAAGGGGGGGUGUUCCCCAGCCCCGCACCCCAAUUUUGGGGGCACCUCACUGGGGGUUCCCCCAGCCCCGCACCCCAAUAUCAGGCAGGACAGCGAGGGGGGACCCCAAAUUUUGGCGCCACCUCCAAGUGGGGCCCCCCAACCCUGACCCCCCCAACCCUGAACCCCCCACCCCCGAACCCCCCAAGGGGCGCGCCCCGGGCUGGGGUGGGGGGGGUUUGUGCCCCCACACUUUUGGGGUCACGGGGGGAAUUCCCCCCCCCGCACCCCAAUAACGGUGACACCCAUUUUGGGGGGGUCCCCACCCGCCGAGACCCAUUUUUGGGGGGUCCCAUCCCCGUGCCCGGCGCCCCCCCGGCCGCUCCAGCGCCGCCCCCCCGCGGGGACGAUCCCAAAGCGAUCCCAAAAGGAUCCCGAUCCCAAAGCCCGCUCCCCGCCAUGCCGGCGGGCGCCGCCUCCGCCACCCCCCAAAAUCGGGGUCCCCGGCCCCCCCCGACCCCCCUGGACCCCCUCGGACGCUUUGUGUUGUUCUUGGAAAGUUUCGCACCACUUGUGAAUUCCCUGAACCUUGGCCUUGCCAGCCCCCUUGUGUUGGGCCCUCCUCCUUUUCAGCUUGCCCAAAUUAAGACCCACUUGGCUCUCCAGCGCUUGGCUGCCAGCGGCGGGCGGGCGCCUCCCCACGCUGGCGUCCGCCAGGCAUUGCUGAAAGACGCAAUGUUUAGCCCCAGAGGAACCUUGCCCCCGAGGCCCAGAGGACCCAACCCGUCGGGCUCCAAACCCCCGGGAGCUUUCGGGGCCGGAGGCGCGGCGGGGCCGCCCAGGAAAGCCGCGCCCGCGGCGCCCCAAGGAGCGGCUCCCCAGAGAUUCUCGGGGCAGGACGCGCUGCAGUGGACGGGUUCGCAGAGGAUCAACGUGCGCGUCACGCUGCACAGGGCCGAUCCCAGGAAAGUCAAGGAGAAGACCGGCCUGCACCAGGAACAGAAGGACCCGCGUGCCACUCGCUGGGAUGGCGGCCCCGGCACCGCCGGGCCGAAGCCGCCCGGCCCGGCGCCGGUCUUGGAGCAGAACUCCAACCCCCAGAACCGCUACACGCCCGAAAGCGCCUCCAGCAUUUUAGCGAGCUUCGGGCUGUCCAACGAAGACCUGGAGGAGCUGAGCCGCUACCCCGACGACCAGCUGACGCCCGAGAACAUGCCGCGGAUCCUGCGGGAGAUCCGCAUCCGGAAGAUGGGCCACGCCGUGCCCGGCCUGCACGCUCCGAGCCGGGGGGAGGAGCCGGUGGGAGAAGGCAGUAGCACCACCGUCAAGAGCAAAGUGAUCGACUACGGCCACGCCAGCAAGUACGGCUACACCGAGGACCCGCUGGAGAUCCGCACCUACAACUCCGAGGCGCUGCCCGAGGAACCGCUGGAAGCGCGCGUCUACAAUCCCGAAAACUCGAGCGCGGAGAGCCGGGAGGAAUUCCAGCGGGAGCAGAGCGUGCCGGUGGCCGUCCCGCCGCCCAACGUGCCGUGCAACCCCGUGUUCCCGGCCGAAGAGCUCAUCAAGCUGCCGGCGUUCCCCACCGACUCCUCGCCCGCUCCGUCGUUUUUCCCGGCCGAGCCGCCGGCCAAGGUGCCGGUGCUGUGCGGCGCCGCACCCGCCGCGCUGCCGGUGGUGAAGCCGGUGUCCCAGCCGCCCAUGCCGCCGGUGCUGCCGCCCAUACUGCCGGCGCUGCUGCCCACGCCGCUGCCGCAGCCCAUGCUGCCCCCGGUGAUGCCGCCGCUGGUCCAGCCGCCCGUGUCCCAGCACGUGUUGCCGCCUUUGACGCCGCCGCCCUUCUCGGCCGGGCUCCUGGCCGCCAUCAGCCAGCACGAGCAGAAGCAGCGCGACGCCGGCGGCUCCCAUCCCGGGCCCAGCUCCUCCGGCGGGGCCUCGGCGGGACACAAACCCUACCACAAACCCUUCCACUCGCCGGCACAGGAGCCCAUCAAAUCCCCGUUCGGGGUGGUGAAGGCGUCCUGGCUGCCCGUGUUCCCGGAGCAGAAGAGCAAACGCCUGCCCACCCCGUCCAUGAUGAAUGACUACUAUGCCACGUCGCCGCGAAUAUUCCCACAUUUGUGUUCUCUGUGUAACCUUGAAUGCACUCAUAUGAAGGAUUGGAUCCUGCACCAGAACAACCCCGCCCACCUCGAGAGCUGCCGCAGGCUGCGCCAACAAUAUCCCGAGUGGAAUCCUGAGGCUCACUCCUCCAGCAGGCAUGGCGCCGAGCGCAAGGAGAACCGCACGCCGCGCUGCCGCUCGGGCUCGCUCAGCCCGCCCCGCCGCCGCUCCCGGGGCCCGCCCGCCCCGCCCGGCCCCGCGCUCCGCCGCCGCCGCUCGCGCUCCCGGAGCCCCGCGCGGCCCCGCCGGCCCCGCUCCCGCAGCCCGCGGCACGCGCCCCGGCCCCGC